ACUUCGUAUUUUCCCCACUGCUGAGGAGCUCACCCCAGUGCUCUGCAUUAUGGAGGCUUGCAGUCAGUCUAGCAGUCAACAGAUGCUUUGGAAAGAUGUGGAGGGGGGCAAACACAGGAGGUUCCAAGGGUACCAGCGUCUGGCCCUCAUCCUGGCCACGCUCUUCCUGGUGCUGGCCCUGUGUGUGAUCAGCCUGCAUUAUCUGUGGAGCCCCACGCCAGGGAGGGUGUAUGACCAGCAGUACAAAGCCGUGGUGGAUGGGGUAGAGACUGACAGCGUGAUGGAGAUUGACCCAGGCCGGCGCAUUGAAAUCUUCCGAAUGGGCAACGGCAGCGAAGAAGUAGUUGAGGUCCACGACUUCAAACAUGGAAUUACUGGGAUCCGGUUUGCCAAACAUCAGAAGUGCUACAUCAGGACCCAAACCAGGAGCCUUCCCCAGGUGACAGAGAUGGAAGCAGAGGACACGCAGUCACUGACGCAGCAGGCGGCCGAUGGUGCACAUGUAGAGGUGGUGCAGGACUCCAGAGUGUGGGUUCCUGCCGAGGAGCCCAUCAUUAACCCAGCCUUCCUUUUCGACUCCAAGAUCUGGGAGAUUUGCCAGGAGCUGCCCAUCCACUGGAUCCACCCCACCCCUCUAAGUGAUGCUGAGGCUCUGGAGGUGGACACACCUGACGCAGAGGUCAUAGGUCAGCGAGUCGCCCGUGACGUUCUGAACCACCUUCCUGUAAACGACUAUAGGGAUGUCGGCAUCGAGCUGGAUAACCGCUUGGAUGACCUCGGUUACUGCUGCCAGCACUGUCGCCGUGGUUACCGCUACUGCCGCCGCUACCACGAGCCGCUGGGUGGUUUCAACCCGUGGCCCUACUACUACCAGGGAGGCCGCACCAUCUGUCAAAUUGUCAUGCCGUGCAACUGGUGGAUCGCCCGCAUGCUUGGACGAAUCUGAGAGGGAAAGGCCUGUUUUGUCCCUUUGUAUAGGUGGGGUGGUGCAGUGGUUUGAUAAAUAUUCCAGACCACUUGUGUGAGUAAAGCAGUCCAUUGCACGCCAUUAUUUCCCAAUCAGAAAGUUGGCCCAUUGAGCAUUACUCAGUCUAAAUAGUUUAAUUAGGACUUCAAGCUUUCAGAAUUUUUAAAAAGGCAAAGCUAUUUACUAUGGGCUCUUUUGGGUUCGUUUAUCAACUGUCAGACUCUCAAAUCCCACUUGGAUUAUAAUUUAAAAUAGCCACA